UAGCGUUAUUUUUUCCUCCUCGUCGUUGUCGUCGCGUUUAACUCAAAUUAUAACAACAAUAAAAACAACAACGAGAGCAGCAGCAGCAGCAACAGCAACAUCAGCAGCAGCAACAACAACAACAGUAACAACAUCUAGCCCAAAGGAGCCUUGUAUUGCCACCUCGACCAGCAAAAAGCCGCCAAAAUGCUUCCGUUCCGGCGUGGAGCGGCCUGGCAAACGCUCUUCCUGCUCUGCGCUCUCGCCUAUUGCAUAAAUGAAGCCAGCAGCGAGGGUCGCGUGGUCUGCUACUAUACGAACUGGAGUGUCUAUCGGCCGGGCACAGCCAAAUUCAAUCCGCAGAACAUAAAUCCAUACCUGUGUACACAUUUGGUGUACGCGUUCGGUGGAUUCACCAAGGAUAACCAAAUGAAGCCCUUUGACAAGUACCAGGACAUCGAACAGGGUGGCUAUGCCAAGUUCACUGGACUCAAAACGUACAACAAACAGCUGAAGACCAUGAUUGCUAUUGGCGGAUGGAACGAGGCGAGUUCCAGAUUCUCUCCAUUGGUGGCUAGUAACGAGCGUCGGCAGCAGUUCAUCAAGAACAUCUUGAAAUUCCUGCGGCAGAACCAUUUUGAUGGCAUCGACCUGGAUUGGGAAUAUCCAGCCCAUCGAGAGGGCGGCAAGUCCCGGGAUCGUGAUAACUAUGCCCAGUUUGUCCAAGAGCUUAGGGCCGAAUUCGAAAGGGAAGCGGAGAAGACCGGACGCACUCGUCUCCUAUUGACCAUGGCAGUUCCUGCUGGCAUCGAGUACAUUGACAAGGGUUACGAUGUGCCCAAGUUGAACAAGUAUUUGGAUUGGUUCAAUGUGCUGACCUAUGAUUUCCAUUCUUCCCACGAGCCAUCGGUUAACCAUCAUGCUCCGCUUUAUUCGCUGGAGGAAGACUCCGAGUACAAUUACGAUGCCGAGUUAAAUAUUGACUACUCCAUCAAAUACUAUCUGAAAGCGGGUGCAGAUCGUGACAAGCUUGUUCUGGGCAUACCCACCUAUGGCCGAUCCUAUACUUUGAUCAACGAGGAGAGCACCGAACUGGGAGCACCGGCAGAGGGUCCGGGAGAACAGGGUGAUGCCACCAGGGAAAAGGGAUACCUGGCUUACUAUGAGAUCUGCCAGACCCUCAAGGACGACCCCGAGUGGACUGUGGUGCAGCCGAAUGCCAAUGUUAUGGGUCCCUAUGCCUACAGACGCAAUCAGUGGGUGGGCUACGAUGAUGAGGCUAUCGUGCGCAAGAAGGCCGAAUAUGUGGUGGCCCAGGGACUGGGCGGCAUUAUGUUCUGGGCCAUCGACAACGAUGAUUUCCGCGGCACCUGCAACGGAAAGCCAUAUCCUCUUAUCGAGGCUGCCAAGGAAGCCAUGGUGGAGGCAUUGGGACUGGGCAUCAACGAGGUGGCCAAGCCAAGUGGACCACAGAAGCCAUCAAGAUCUCGCAGUCGCGAUAAUGCCAGCAAUAGGAACCGUCUAAAUGGCAAGACCGAAGCUCCACUCAGCUCCAGGAGACCCAGUGCCACAAGGAGACCAGCUGUGAGCUCUACUCAGGCACCACCGCCAAGCACCACCUUCAAACUGACCGAAGCCGAGGGAUCAUCUCUUUACAUUGGAGGCAGGGCAUCCACCACGCCGCCACCACCAACGACUCCCGAUCCAGGUUCGGACUUCAAGUGCGAGGAGGAGGGAUUCUUCCAGCAUCCAAGAGAUUGCAAAAAGUACUACUGGUGCCUGGAUAGUGGACCGUCUGGUCUAGGAAUUGUGGCUCACAUGUUCACUUGUCCAUCGGGACUUUACUUUAAUCCGGCUGCCGAUUCCUGCGACUUUGCUCGCAAUGUGCCCUGCAAGACCAAAAAAUCUACAACGGCGGCACCAGUGACAUCCACAACCCCGGCAACCACCACAGUGCGUUCCAAUCGAGUAACAGCUGCUCCCACGUCUCGUCCAGUAUAUCCACGCACCACCACCACAACAAGCACUACGACAACCACUACGACAACUCCAUCCACUGUUGAUGAAGACUUGGAAUAUGAAGAAGAUACUGACGAGCUGUCGCCAAGCAAAUCCACGGAUGCUGAGGAGGAUCCACAGGUGAUUAAGGAACUAAUCGAUUUGAUUCGCAAAGUGGGCGGCGUGGAGCAACUGGAGAAGCAUCUUUUGCGUAACAAGGAUGGAUCGAUUACAUUGAAGGAAAAUUCUGCCACUGGUGCAGCCACUACUCCGUCGACUAUAAGCAAAUCUCUGUAUGAUCGUGUGCUAAGUCGACCUGGAACAUUGAAUUCCUUCAGCCGCAAUCGUUUCAAGAUCAGCGAAGCUUCAGAGACAAGCACAGAACCCACUACUUCGAGCAGUUCGUCAAGGGGUUCAUCGACUCUCACCUCCAACACCAACUCCAAAUAUUCCUCAGUUCUGAGGGGCAACAGUCGCCAAGGUCCACAGAACGAGGGCAUUGAAAAAUUGGCUGAGUUCGAUGGUUUCCUGAAGGAACGCAAACAAUAUGUGACCAUCAAUCGCCAUCGAUCUGCGAGUCAGGGAGAUGAGGAGGAGCACGCAGAUCAGCAGGAAGAGGAGGAGAACCUGGCCGAAGUUGAGACAACCACCCGUCGUCCUUUGAGCUCUAUCACUCCGUCUUACACAAGUCUGAGACGCUCUAGGCCCACCACGGUGGCACCGCCAGCAGAAGAAUCCCACGAAGAGGCAGAGCAACAGACCCAGACACAGGUGAAAUCCUAUGCCACCUUGAGCCGUACUCGUGGACGCACCACGUCAUCUCCAGAAGUCACGGAAGCGGCGCCCAGUUCGACAACCAAUCGUUACAAAUACUUCGAGCGUACACGACCCACUAAGAGUGCCACUGCCGAAGAUUCCGAAGAUCCAACAGAAGAUGAAGAGGAAGAGUACGAGGACGAGCAAAAGGACAUUGUCACGGUACAGAGCAAACAAUCCACAAACACACGUAAAUAUGCGAGCAUCGGCCGCAGAACAACCACCACCACAACAGCAACACCAGAAACUACAACUACAACAACAACAACAACCGCCGGCACUGAGACUGCCAAGGCCAGCACCACCACCAACAACAACAACAACAACAACAGCCACUACAACAGCAGCAAUAACAACAACAAUGUGAAACUGAAUAACCAAUUACCAACAGAAGAGAACAUCACAACAACACCCAGCACCACCGCCCAAUCCGAAACCACAACCACAACUAACGAAACCACUGAACCAAAUGAAAGCACCUCAACCACCACCACAUCCAUAACUAAUAAUCUGCAUACCACCACCACCACACCCACACCGAUUGUAGCAUCCACUGUCCCAACAACAACCGCUAAUGGCAUUAGCUCAGACUCCCUGCUAGCCACCGAGUUGAGUGAAGCCUCACCCACCCACCUUUCUCCCAGUCCCGACUCAGAAACAUCAACACCGACAACAACAAGCACAACAACAACGGAACAACCCGAACUGGACACCACAACAACGACACCGAAAACCACAACAACAACCACCACGGGCAACAACGAACUGAAUGACGUUAACAACGUGGACGAGGACAGUGAGGUAACGAAAACCAAGACUCAAUACAAGUAUGCAACCACCAACCGUCGACGCAUAACCACAACAACAACAACAGCCACCAAGAACAGCAACAACAACAACAAUGCAGAAGCUGCGAACGAUGCUAGUCCAACAACAAACGGUUUGAGUAGUUUAAAUAGCAUUAGAACCAACCCGGGCAGAAGGCAACCCCAACCAGAGCAGACCCAAACAACAACCUCCGAACCAAACCUUUCUAGUCCCAGACCCUUUGGUUAUCCCCGACGUCGCACACGACCCACAGUUAGCACCACAACCACCACUAUUUCCCAAACCGAUAAUGAUAACAAUACCGAUAAUAACGAUAACGAAACCGAUGCAGUUGCUCAAGUAGUGAAGAAGACACGACUAUCUCCAGGGGAUAGGCCCAAGGUGAGUGCCAGUCUUCCAACAGCAACCGCAAUCAACACACGAACCAAUACCUCCUCACUGCACCACCAAGAAUCCCAAGUAGAAGUAGCUGGUAACGGUGGCAAUGAUAGCUUAAGGCAUGAUGUAGUUAGCUCUAGUUUAAGUCAAUCCCAAUCCAACAAAAUCGAUACCGAUGACCUCAGUACCACACAGCAGCAUACCAAGUACACUUGGCGUGCGGUGCGACGUCCUGCAUCGCAGCGCACAGUGGUUCCCAAUUCUUUAGCGGGCGACGACAAGGACUCCCGACGCUUUGCCGGCAAGCAGUUGAACACCGAAUCAAUUGUGGAUGACGAGCUUCAAACCACCACCAAGUUCCGCAGUCGCCGCCUAAAUUCCGCCGAAGAUGAGUCCGAAGUGGCUCUCGAGGUGGCAACCGCGACCCCAACGCACGGUUCGCGCAGCUACCAGAGCAUCCAACGUUCUGCUAGCAAAGCGAGCUUAGAUGACUCUCAAAUCCAUUACAAAGCCAUCAUUCGCGAUUCCGAGGGCGGUGCUCAUCUAACCGCCGGACGCAGUUCCAGCUUUGUGAGGAAUUUCGGCGAUGCAGCCAAACCAACUCCACCGCACCAACCUAUUAGCAGAGGUGGACAGAUUGUGGAGAGCACCACCGAAGAUGAAAAUGUGGCUGCUGAAAUAAUCGAUGAUGAGAAGAGGGGUGAGACGAAGGCGCCUGCUGGAAGCGAGAAUACUGAUGACAGCAACACGGCGACCGAACAGGAAUCUCCCGAAAUUGUAACUGAAGCUGCACAACCACAGCUCGAGAUUACCACUUUGCCAUCAGAAACUUCAGAUGUCAGCAGUUCUACGGAACAAUCUGUAAGCAGCACCACUGAAGAAAGCUCCAGCAGCACCGCAGACUUGGAUAUCGUCGCUGAAGAAGCCAGUCUAGGCGCUGAAACCGACAAAAAGUCUACUUCUGAGAAUGAUAAUGGAGAAUCUUCAACGGAAAUCAGCUCUUCUGAAGCCCCAAUUAGCAGCACAACUGGACAAUCUGAAGAUGUAAGCAGCACCACUGAAACUAAUUCAGAAGCCAUUGAAAAAGAAAUUGCCUCUGAUUCUAACGAUGGAUCCAGUGAUGAUCCUGCCAGCAGUACGGAAUUUAUAGAAAUCACUAACACAACUAGCAGCCCAGUCAGUCUCCAGGAAGAUUCUUCGACAACGACAGAAAAACUCACACGGCGAGCAUUUAACCGCUUUAGCUCAACUACUCCUGCAGUUGUGCCAGAAGAUGAAACCACAUCCACCGUAAACCAAAGGCGUCGAGUUAUUGUGCGUAACAGAAUCAGCACCACUGAAGCAGAGAGUGAGGCUCAGACAACCACAGAAGAACCAAAACGACGUAGUUUUUACAGAACCAGCACCACAGCUGAACCAAGCAGCUCAACUGAAGCAGACAGUGAUGCCCAGAUAUCUACUGAAACUACAACACGUCGUUCUUUCUUUAGAACUAGGACCACUGAAGCAGCUAGCAGCACCACUGAAGAACCUAGCAGCCCCACAGAACCAGAGAUUGAAGUCGAGACAACCACCGAGGGUCCAACGCGCCGUUCGUUCUUCAGACGUAGCACCACUGUGGCUCCUAGUAGCACCACUGAAGAAAUCAGUAGCAGCUCCGUAGAUGAUGAUGCUGAAGCGAAUAUUAUCACCACUCGUCGUUCGCUAUUCACUACGCCAGCGCCAAGUUCGACAGAAGCCACAACCACAGCAACUGCAGAAGAUUCCGAAGUUAGUAGCUCCACCAGGCGUAGUUUCUUCCGUACCAGCACUACCACAGAAGGCACAACAAGUACUACAGAAGAGGCAAAGGAUAUUGAACAUGAGAGUGAGACCACCGCUGCUUUGCCUAAACGUCGAGUUAUAGUCAGAGGCAAUUUUAGGCCCCGCAAGGAGGGAGAUCUCUCCUCUCUUCUAGCGGCAGAUGCCAACAAGCGAGUGAGAAACAACCACAGCACCACAAGCACUGAAACACCUGCUAAUAGUCAAUCAACUACAUCCAAUGAAGAAGAUACGGUGGCACAACCACCACAAGCUGAGGUGAAGGCAACCACUGGUCGGGUUUCCUUAAAUGCUGUUCGAAACCGCACCACCACAAAAACCGAAAGUCUAGGCAAUGGAAUCACCCGCACUCGCACCACCUACGUCCGCACUCUCGACGCUGGUCAAAAGAUUGUGAAACGCAUUCACACUAAAACCAUAGAAGAGAAACCCGCGGAGUAUGAGUACAUUAUCGAUGAAGUGACCCACCCACCAGCGGCGAGCACCACGCCUCGCACAGUGACACGCAAUCGUGGAUCCGUGCGAUUCCAGAGUAAUGAUCUUUCUUCGCUGCUGGCCUUGGACUUUGCCUCACGUAGCACCCGCAAGAAACAGGCCCAAACAGAGACAACAGUUACCAAAACGCGAAGACGCCUACUUAAGAAACCCAAGGAAACCAUCGAACAUGAAGAGGUGGAAGAAUACGAGUAUGAAGCAGGUCAGGAAGCUGGGAACGAAGUUGAGGAGGCGCCACGUGUGAGCACGACAGCCAGGACUAUAAUCCGAAGAACUAGACCGACAACAAUCAGAACAACAACUACGGAAACACCUCAAAAUAUUGAGGCUAGCACCCGCAGGGCUAGCUUCGCUUUCAAGCGUCCCUCCAAAGUUAGCACAACCACUGAGGAACCAACUACAAGCUCUACGGAACCCACAAUAUCUGCAGAAGCUACCACCAGAAGAGUUCUCAACUUCAGAAGACCAGUGAGCACGACAAGCACCCCAGCUUCAGAUGAGUCCACUGAGGAGGCAACUGCUGCCCCCAUUGAGGCCACCACCAGAAGAGUUCUUGCGUUCAAAAGACCUGUCAGCACAACAACCACCCCAGCUCCAGUAGACGAAGAGUCCACAGAAGAAUCCACCCCUACUUCUAUAGAGGGCAACACCAGAAGGAUUCUCGCUUAUAGAAGGCCCGUGAGCACAACAACUACCACACCAGUUCCUGUUGAAGAUGAAUCUUCAACAGAUCAGUUGGCAGCGGCCAAGCAAAAGUUUAUAAAUCGUCUCAAAUCUAGUACCACAACGACAACAUCAAUUCCUGAAACAACAACCACCGAAGAAGACUUAAGCGAUCUUAAGGUACAGCUUAGCAAUGCCAUAAACCGUUUGCAAACGGAAAAUAAACUAGAAGUCCAGACAAUCACCAAGGGUAGUGAAGCCGCAGAAGAUGAAGGCGAUGAUAAGCUGUCUUUGCCAAUUUACCACAGAAGAAAGUACUAUCAGUAUGUAAAGGAUUCACCAAUUACCUAUAUCGACAAGUCCCCCGCACCACCGGAUAUCGAAAGUGUGACUGUAAAUAUUAAGCAACAAAUUCAUGAUGUGUUCAAUGUGAGUGAAAAUGAGACGCCACAUAAUUCUCUGGGCGAUGACGAAGAGACCGAAGGACAUCGCGUGGCUAUGGCGCAGGCCAAGGAAAUCAAUGCCGAGCUCGGUCAUUUUUUAUUGAAAACCCCCGGGUCAAAAAUAAAAGCGCAGCGACAGGGAAAAACAUUUAAAACAAUACCACUAGCAACAGACUCGAGCAAUGAGACCUCUAAGAUUGUAAGCCUUUCUCUUCUAGAAGAAAAGGAAAGAGGCGAAGAUGAAGCCAGGGCUUUACGCACCUACACCAGAUUAAACCGCACCCGCUUGACCCUGUCCACCAGGUUACAGGAAAAGACCCAAAGUGAACCGCUAGACACCACAACCAGGAGGAGCUACAGCGUCCCUCAGCGUUUCCGUAUUCGCUCAACGACGCCGAUACCAUCUAAAAUAGAAAACAGCGAAGAGGACGAUGAAGAAACUAAAGACAAUGAAGGACCAUCGCCGAGCACAACAACCGUGACACCACCAUCCAUAAAACUACCUACCAGACGACUUUUUACACCCAGAAGGCCCGUUAAUGCUGUAGAGGACUCAGAUUCUUCUGAUAUACGUAAAGACAAUGAAGAAGAGUUAAAGGUGGAAUCAACCACAAAACGCCUAUAUGCCGGCUUAAAUAGAUUGAGAGGCAGGGGAAGCACCACCACAACCACCGAAGAAGCAACUGAUUCAACCACCGAGACAGCAACCACAACAGCCAAAAGUACAAGACAACCUUAUGUGGGUAUUAGUCGCAGAGUAACAACUACAACGACCACUGAGAAGUCAGCCGAAAGUAGUACUGAAUAUAAUGGAAAUGAAGAUGAAGAAACGGAGUCCACCACAGUAACUCCUGAACAGGAGAUAAGCGAUGAUGCUGAAGAAAAUAAGGUUGCAAUCAAAGAAAUAGAUGACCAAGUUAGCAAGAAAGCUCCCGAAGAGGCUGAAGACACCAGCACUGAGGAGCCCGAACUGGAAGCCUUUAUAGACGAUGACAAUGAAAUCCCCCUCGAAGAAAGCGGACCUAAAACUGAAACCACAUCAACAACAACAACAACAACAUCAACGACCACCACUACACCAGCAAGCACCACAUCACGUCGUCAGUUGGUAAUUCGUCGCCGUUUUAAUGGCACCAUAACAACAACCACUACGGUUGCCCCUGUCGCUGAUGAGAAUCUCGAAAAUGAGAUCGAUCCAAGUGAUACGGAGAGUUCAACACCAAAAGCGGCAACUACAACUUCACCAAGACGGCAACUUUUAAUACGCCGACGUUUCAAUGCGACCAGCAGCGGGUCAACAACAACGACAACUGCAAAUCCUAGUGCCGACAAUGAAAUAGAUCAGGGCGAGACAAAAAGAACAACGCGUCGACCAAUUCUGUCACGUCGGCGUUUUAAUGCGACUUCCAUCACAGCAACCACGACGGGAUCAACGAACGGCGACGAGAUAAGCACACGACGUCCGUAUGCGGCCUUGAACCGCUCACGUAAUCGCUUUACAACACCGCAAACAACAACCACCGACGGUGGGGCAAACGGCGAUGAUGAUGAUUACGACGGAGAGGAAGAGGAGCAGCUAGCACCGCCGCGAGCUGUCUUCCUUCAAACAAACCGCCAUCGCGCUCUGAAACCCACUCCUGAAGACGAGGAGGAGGGUGCAGCUGCGGUGCCAGGACGUAGGCCACUCAAUUUUGCCGCACGUCGCACCACCGCUGCACCACUGAGAGUUAGCUCUAGUACGCGACGAAAUCUGGUGGCAAUCAAUAGAAAUCUUUACCACCGACCAGAGGAAGAUAACGAGGAAGAACCCGAAGAGGAGUACGACGAAAACGAGGAUGGGGAUGAUGAUCAAGAAGAAUCUGUAGAUCCUCAAGUCACAAGCACUACAACACGUUCACGACUAAAUCAAUUGCUAGCCAACAGGCAAAGACAACCACUCAGGACAACCACUGAAAAACAGACAGAGACAGAUAGCAACGAUACAGAAACUGACUCGGACAACGGAGAUGAAAACGAUGAUGAUGAAGAUAACGAUAGCUCCGUCGAGGUAUCGAACAGUAACCACACACUAAAACACAGCACUAUAUUCGGGGUUGGCACCACUAACUUUAACAAUCUUACUAACCGUAGCACUGCACUGAAUGUAGCUAGUCAACGUAGUAACAGCACCGUAGCCAAUUAUAUUAAUCGAUUCAAGUCAAACAGUUACACAAACAAAAACAAACCAGUCACAGUCACAGCUAAUAUUAAGGCAGAUAGUACAGAUGAUAAAGAUAAUGAUAAUGAUGAAGAUGAUGAUGAUGAUGAUAACGAUGAUGAUAAUUAUGCUAGUCUAGAGAAUGAGGGGAAGGAGAAAACGAGUGGGGCUGGUUUGAAUGCCUUAGGUAAUGAUGUUAAUUCCACACGACGCUUUCAGAAUCGUUAUCAAUUGAGCCGCACCAGAGGCAGCACCACCACCAACACCAACCCAACAACAACACAACAACCCCAAACAACAAGCACCGCCAGACGAUUGGCGUUUGGGGGCCGUCAGCGCGCCCAGGUAACUAAACUAACCCUAGUCGAUGAGCAGACUGAAGAGACCGAGACUAAGGGUGAUUCCCGCGAAGAGGAGAAGGAGGAGGAGGAGGAAGAAGACUCCAACGCAACCACAACAACAACAACCACAACCACCAGCAGACCAACACCAAAGCGCAUACGUGUGCUUAAAUUCCGCAGACCCUUAAAUAGCAAUAGCAAUAGUACCAUCAAUGUAGAUAGCACCACUAAUAGCGCCACUGACACUAACCCAGACACCACCACAGCCACACCAACAACAGCAGGUCAAAGCACCACCAGCAACAGCAACAACAACAACAACAACACCACAAGCACCACCGGCAAUAAGCGUUUCCGCAAGAUUGUUCGCAAAUUGAGGCCUGUGGACUCAAGUACUGCGGCUAGUGUGGAUAAUUCCGAUGAGACCACCCGUAAACCUUUCGUUCCCAGCCACACCAGAUUCGCUGAUCAGGAUAAUGACCUUGUUAAUCUCCGCCAGCGAAUCAAGGAGCAGCAAGCACGAGGUGAGCCGCAGGAUGGAGUUAUUAGCAAUCGAUUUAAGACCCUGGGCCAAAAGGACGAUCAGGAUGUGUCGGAGUUGCAAAAGUUGAGGGACAAAGUAAAGGCAGAGCAGGCGAGGGGAGAAGGAGAACAGGGCGUGAUCAACGAUCGUCUGAAGAAGCUUCUGGCCGAGAAGGGCUCGAGCAUCUCAAGCCAAAGAGAAGAAUCUUCAACAGAUGAUGACUCUUCAUCGGUUUCCUCGGCCAGACCCUUCUUUAAACGAAAACUGGUGGCACGUAGACCCUACACACCACCCUCGGCCAGUGGUGGCACCACAAAGGCACCACUGACCUUUAGCACCUCCCGACCUACGGCUAAAUUCGUGCGCAGGAAGAACGGAAGAUUUGAUCCCUUCAACUCGAGUGUUCGCAAUCGUGGAGAGGGCUUUGUGAGAAGUGAUCCGAGAGGAUCCAGAUUGCCUGGAACCGAUCGCUUCAAGUCUCAGGGAAAUAGCGAAGACGAUGACGAAGUGGAAGAGCGCCAUGAGCAACCACUGCAGAAUCAGUUUGCAACCACAUUGCGAAGACCUUUUGUGCCGAAGACCCGACCAGUUUUGGAUAAGUCCAAGCCUGAGCAGGAAGAUGGUGCAGAAGAGAGUGAGGAGGAAGACGAGGAGGAGGAUUCCGAGGAAGAAGGUGACGAAGAAGAGGAUGAAGAAGAAGAGGACGUGAAGCCAGGUGGAGAAGAGGACAAUGCACAAGAGGAUAACAAACCGAAGUUUAAUUCCCCUUACAAACCCAAAGAUAAUCGAGCUCCACCGGGUAGUCGUCCCACAUUUGGAACCACCGGAAGUGGAUCACCACCUACCGCAUCCGGAAAUGUACCAUACAAUCCUCGCAAUCGCCCAUCAAACUCGGCAAAUGGAAAUAGCACACCAUCCAACCGUUUUGGCACCACAAAGCGACCUCGUGUGGUUAACCGACCACCGGGAGUAGCCUCACCAAAUUUGACCUUGAAACCCGUGGCCAGUGAUUAUGAACGCACCACACCGCUGACACCACUGAAACCGGCGCCAUUUAUACCCAGCAAUAACAGGAGUUACGAGAGGAAGUACUCGGGUCCAUCCACAGAGGCCGCGGAGACGGCCAGCGAGAAUUCCCUGAUAGAAGAUUUGAAUAUCGAUGCACUGAAUGCGAGAAACAAGAAGAUCUUUGACAAACACAGUAAGAAACAUCCGGCUCUGAAGCCAAAGGUGGUUAAGGUGGAAUCCGAGACGGGAUUAGAGGUGGAAGCCGGUACAGAGGUGGCGGUGGAAGAUGAAACCACCGAGGAGCAGCAGCAGGAGCAGGGCUUUGUGACCACCACACCCAGUACACCACCAUCACCAGCACCACCCAGCACACAGUCAGACACAGCCACCACCACAGACACGCCACCAGAAACUGAAACUGAAACUGAAACUGAAACUGAAACAGAAACUGAAACUGAAAAUGUAACCGAAAUUGAAACAGCGACCAAUGCUAAUGAAGCCACUUCCAUCAAUUCACAGGAUCAAACCAUCUCGAGCACUACUCAAGCACCACCGCCGGCCACAACCUUGUUGCAUGUGUUCACCCUUCUCGAGGGUGAGGGUCAAGAAGAGGAGCCCACGACCAGAAAGCCAACGGUACGCCUCUAUCCCACCAUACAAACGGAAGUGGUGCCCAAGCACAAGUUAAUCGAGAUUAAUCGCAUUGUCGAGAUUAAUUCCAAACAGGCCAAGGCUGCUCAGAGGAAGUCCAAGGCGAAUCAUGACUUUAGCACCUUAAUGGUGGAGUCCCUGCCCCACGUGGAGCAGCUGGGCGAGAUCAGUGUGGUGAAAUAUGUCCACUUGGUGGAUGGCAGUGAUAUUCAGAUCAACGAUGGUCACAGCACAGUGGCAGAUUACACGCCCACCGAACCCACAUCAGCGGCUGAACGUCCUGUCUCGCUGCCCGUUAGGAAUUCUCUGCCAGAAACCGAGGGCGCUGACACCGAUCGCAGUGGCAAGUCCUUGGUGCCUGAAGUUCUAACUGCCGCAUUGGAGACCUCUACCAUUUCGCUGGAGGGACUAUUUGAUUCGGCCAGAAAGGGCAAGCAACUGAGCAGUAAUACAAUCAUUGGCGAAACGGAGGAGAGCACAACCAUUGGCAGUAGCAGUAGUUUGGCCAGCGAAACCGGAGAGACCACCACACCGGCACCCACUUACGUAAGACCCAUUGUACCCCUCCUAAGACCCGAGUCCAAUGAGUCCUCACCACUGGUCAUUUCGAUAGCCAACCUCGAUCAGGUGAUACUGAGCAAGGUGCAAAAGUCGCUGGCCGAGAAUAGCCAAACCACAGUGGCCCCCGAAGCUGCCAGCGACUCGAAUUCCGCCUUCUCUGUGCGCCAACCGCUGGUGGUGCAGGCGCCCAUUAGCAAUGGUGCUCAGGAAAUCGAUCAGGAUACACUUAACACACAAGAUCAGACAAUCAAUGGUGCUAUUAGUGUGAAAACUAAUCCAAUUAUACAAACGACAACCAACAGGCCAAAUGACGAUCAGGUGGCUGAAGAAACCACAAUCUUUAGCAUUGAAACGGCCACUGAGCCAGAGCUUAACACACAAACAACAAUUCCCAAAACAGAAGCCAAUAGCGAAACAGUAACAGCCAUGCCAAUUGGUGCUGUUAUUAUGGGUCAGUUUGGUCUAAACACACAAUCAACAACCGCUGUUGACAAUGACAACCAACUAAAUGCUCAAACAACAAGCACAAUUAGCAGUGGCGCUGUUAGUUCCGUAGCUAUUGGUGGUAACACACAAACAGCAAACGCGGACAAUGCUCGCCAAGAAAAUACACAAUCAACAGGCACAAUAACAAGUGAGAUUAGCAGUGGCGCUAUUAGUUCCGACAACCACAAUCACAUAGGCACACAAACAACAGCCACCAUCGAUAGCAGUUCAGAAACAACACCCACCCAAAUAUCAACCACAAUUAGCAGUGGUGCAAUUAGUGGUCAUAUUGAUGGUAGCAUCAAUCUGAACACACAAACAAACACCACCAUCAGCACUAACAACACCACCACCAGCACCACCGAUGUGGGCAGCAAAGUUAGCGAGGCAGUUAGCUUUAGUUCCGAGACGCAUGUGGUGCAUCGCAAAAAGAUGGGUCGCAAGGGGCGUGGCCGACGCCUGCGCAAUCGCAAAACGACAACAACGACAACAACCACAGAAACGCCAACCACGACGGAGGCGACAUUUGAUGACACCACCACAGUGGUGCCAGAAUAGGUCACAAAAAAAAAAAAAUUCAAAACAAAAACACAAGAAACCAGAGAAAAUCAGCAUAGUUAGUUAUUUCUAGUCUUAGCCCUUAUCCAGUCGCAAGAUUUGCCAGAGAAGAGAAUCUUCUGCGAGCUUAACCCUUUUUGUUGCCGAACCGUAGAUAAUUGGCUGCGAUGCUUUGGCUUAACAACAACCACGGCGAAACAAAUUAAGUAAACAACCAUUUCGGCUGCUUUAAAAGUCUAUCAAAAUUUUCCAGUGCUGCUGCUUUUAAUUCGAAUACUCUACUACUUUAUAUAUAUAUAUAUUUUUUUGCUGUGUAAAUUAUUUAAACAAUUCGUAUUCUUCGAGCUGCCAUACCCAAAACAACAACACCCACACAUUCACAUCCACACUCACACACAUUUGUUCACACAUGCAGAUGCGAGAGAAGUCUUUCCUUGGUUCAAAUACAGAUAUUCUAGAAAAUUAUAGAUACAUAGUUAUCUAGAAACGCAACGACCCUCAGUGGAUACAAACUUAAUCGAUUUGAAAUAACUUUAAAUGGCUUUUACCAGGCGCAGUUCUCUUUUACUUCUAUCUCCUUCCGAAUAAUUUUUUUCACUCUUUCCCUCUCUAUCCGAAAAUACUUUAAGUCUAGCUUUAGUUGUAAAAUAUUUAUGCACAACAAUAAAAUAAUGAAC